AAAGGAUCAGGCAGCAACACUGAAGACUAAUUUCCUGGCCAGAGGGAACACCCUUAACGAAGACCAAUCCAAGAAAACCGAGAGAAAACACUACCCCUCUCUCUCCCCGACUCUCGAAGCUGUUCAACCAAAUUUUUUCAGAGCGAUGCGUUUCGAUUCAAGUUCACGCCGAUUCUUAGGCAGCUCCACAAUCACCAUCUGGGCUUCUUCUGUUGGCUGGUUGUUGUUGUGGACAAUUGCUGGUCUACGAAUUCAUACUUGUUUCUGACACUUGGAGGCUGGUGAAAAAUUAGUUGAUGCCAGAUUUACUAGACAUUUGAAGUUGGAGGAGCUAAAACCCAAUCUCUGCCUUUACUGCCAACUACGUGAAAAUAAGAUGGACGACGGUGGCCAACGAGAUAGGAGACAUAGGACAGAUUACUAUAAAGGGGCUCACAUUCCGUUGUUGCAGUGGGAUGUGGUGCCCCAGUAUCCGGUGAAGGAACAAAAUGCCUUUUUGAUGAAUACGAAGAUCAGCAUGAUCUAUGCUGAUAGGGAUGCUGCCGUUGAAGAGCGGGAUAGAGCGCAGUCGGAAAAGCAGGCAGCCUUAGAUGAUCGAGAUGCGGCAAUCCAGCAGCGAGAUGCGGCAAUUUCUGAGCGGGAUAAUGCCCUAAGAGAACGAGACAACGCCAUUGCUGCCCUUCAAUUCCAGGAAAAUGCCAUGAACAGUGCAUUGGAUGGUGGAAUCCGUGGAACAAAGCAUAUGCACCACCAUCUAAACCAGCCUGUCAACAAUGCUCAGGCUGCUUACGACACAAGGGAAGUGCAUGUGACUGAGGCCUUCCCUAUAACAGCCAUUUCAUCCGAAGCUGCUAGGUCCCGUCAAGCAAAACAGGCAAAGGUUAAAAAUACUGUUGCAUCUAAGUCACCAAAAACAUCACGUAAGGCAAAGAAAGUAGCUGAGGAUUUAAAUAGGCAUGUCACGGCUGAUGGAUCGAAGGCUGAGUGGGACGCUCAGGAUAUUGGUUUGAUGAGCCAGAUCAAUUUUGAUGAGACUUCCAUGCCAGUUCCGGUUUGCUCAUGCACUGGAGUACCUAGGCAGUGUUACAAAUGGGGGAAUGGGGGCUGGCAAUCGUCAUGUUGCACCACAUACAUUUCAAUCUAUCCGCUACCACAAAUGCCAAACAAACGCCAUGCACGUAUGGGUGGUCGGAAGAUGAGUGGAAGCGUUUUCUCGAGAUUGCUUAGUCGGUUGGCUGCGGAUGAUCAUGACCUGUUGGUUCCGCUGGAUCUAAAGAACUACUGGGCUAAACAUGGUACAAAUCGCUACAUUACCAUCAAGUAACUGUUCAGCAACGGUUGAAGUAUGUAUUAUGUUUUCCUUUUUAAGUUCCUCUUGGGUACUGGAUGAAAGGAGUGAUGGUGCUUUGGGUACAAGGGUUGUUUCCAACUUCUUUUGGUCGAAUUAAGACUUAUAUGUGCCGUGUCUAAAGUGCUAUUUACCCUCCAAUAGUCAUUUGCAUCCUUAUGCAGAGUUAAUCUCUGCCCUAUUGUAAAAUUGUUCAUUCGAGAAAGAAAGUUAUGUAGAGAAUGAGUUGGGAAGGGUUGUACCCAACAAAAAUGUGCUGGGUUGGGCUGCUAGGGACUGAGGCAUUAUAUACAUCAUGAAAAUGGCAUUGGUUGGUGCAGCUGAUACUAUGAAGGUGAUGCGUACUCUGGGCACCGUGUAGUUUCGGAUGACAAUGGUUUUGGUGGAGGGUAAAGACUACUCUCUCUCUCAGUGACAGCUUGGUUUCAAUGAGAUGGGUCUCUGUCGGACUCAACCUUCAAUUUGCAUCUGUUUAGAUUCCGUUUCUUGGUUGGUGGCAUUGGCCAGAUUAGUCUUCUUGAGUGGGGCACUGAAACUCGAAUAGCCUUUCGGACUUGCAAGGGUCCCUCAUAAGGCCUAGCAGAAUAGUCGAACAUUAGCCUCGAAGUCAUGCCCAAUACUGAGUCAAGCUCUUCUUGCUGCCAUCCUUACAUCAUGUUAUUUUUUCUUUGGGUGCAGAGUGUUGGAUUUAGAUCUUUUCAAUAUAGUUUGCAUCGAUUUUUGUUAAAUAACUAAUUAU